UGGUGGGAGCUAGAAGCAGUCCCAGCACCGCCUGCGCUCCUUGCUCCAGCUUGGUGGGGGCUGAGUUGGGCCCCCCAGCCCUCCUGCUCCCUUCUUUCUGUCCCCCGCACAUUCUCCCUCUCCCCGCAGGCUCAAGUGGCUUUCCUCCAGGGAGAGAGGAAAGGGCAAGAGAAUCUAAAGACAGAUCUGGUGCGGCGGAUCAAGAUGCUGGAAUAUGCGCUGAAGCAGGAGAGGGCCAAAUAUCAUAAACUCAAGUUCGGGACAGACCUGAACCAGGGGGAGAAGAAACCAGAUCUGACAGAACAAGUCUCCAACGGCCCUGCGGACUCGGUCACGCUGGAGAACAACCCACUGGUGUGGAAAGAAGGGCGGCAGCUUCUCCGACAGUACCUGGAGGAGGUGGGCUACACGGACACCAUCCUGGACAUGCGGUCCAAGCGCGUCCGCUCACUGCUGGGCCGCUCGCUGGAGCCCAAUGGGGCUGUGGAACCCAGCGAUGGAGGCCCCCGGGCCACACCGGGCCCUGGGCCACUUAGUGGGGGCGAGUCUCUGCUGGUGCGGCAGAUCGAGGAGCAGAUCAAGAGGAAUGCGGCCGGCAAGGAUGGCAAGGACCGCCUGGGGGGCUCAGUGCUGGAGCAGGUCCCCUUCCUGCAGCACUGUGAGGACGAGGACAGCGAUGAGGAUGAUGAGCUGGACAGUGUACAGCACAAGAAGCAGCGCGUGAAGCUCCCCUCCAAGGCCCUGCCCGAGAUGGAGGACGAGGACGAAGAGGAUGACUCAGAGGACGCCAUCAACGAGUUUGACUUCCUGGGCUCCGGGGAGGAAGGGGAAGGGUCCCCAGACCCCCGGCGUUGUACCGGAGACGGGAACCACCACGAACUGGAGAGCCAUCGAGUCAAACUCCAGGGCAUUUUAGCAGACCUUCGAGACGUGGACGGCCUUCCUCUCAAAGUGACUGGCCCGCCCCCUGGCACCCCCCAGCCCCGGCCCCAUGAAGACGUGUUCAUCAUGGACACCAUCGGGGGCGGGGAGGUGAGCCUGGGGGACUUGGCAGAUCUCACCGUCACCAACGACAAUGACCUCAGCUGCGACCUCUCCGACAGCAAAGACGCCUUCAAGAAGACGUGGAGCCCCAGGUUCACGCUGCGCUCCCACUACGACGGCAUCCGCGCGCUGGCCUUCCACCACAGCCAGGCCGCCCUGCUCACCGCCUCCGAGGACGGCACGCUCAAGCUCUGGAACCUGCAGAAGGCCGGCACCGCCAAGAAGAACGCUGCACUUGAUGUGGAGCCCAUCCAUGCCUUCCGGGCUCACAGGGGCCCUGUGCUGGCAGUGGCCAUGGGCAGCAACAGCGAGCACUGUUAUAGCGGCGGGGCAGAUGCCCGCAUCCACAGCUGGAAGAUUCCAGACCUCAACAUGGACCCCUACGACGGUUACGACCCCAGUGUGCUGAGCCAUGUCCUGGAGGGCCACGGGGACGCCGUCUGGGGCUUGGCCUUCAGCCCCGCCUCCCAGCGCCUGGCCUCCUGCUCAGCCGACGGCACCGUGCGCAUCUGGGACCCCAGCAGCAGCAGCCCCACCUGCCUCCGAACCUUCCCCGCUGCUGCUGAGCACGGCAUCCCCACCUCAGUGGCCUUUGCCAGCUCCGACCCUGCCCACGGCGUGGCCGCCUUCCGCUCGGGCGACACGGUCCUGUAUGACCUGGAGGCCGGCAGCGCCCUCCUCACGCUGGAGUCUCGGGGGAGCAGCGGCCCAACCCAGAUCAACCAGGUGGUGAGUCACCCCAACCAGCCCAUCACCAUCACCGCCCACGAUGACAGAGGCAUCCGAUUCCUGGACAAUCGGACAGGGAAGUCCGUGCACUCCAUGGUGGCUCACCUGGAUGCCGUCACCUGCCUAGCUGUGGACCCCAAUGGCGUGUUCCUGAUGUCAGGAAGUCACGACUGCUCCCUGCGCCUGUGGAGCCUGGACAACAAGACGUGUGUGCAGGAGAUCACAGCCCACCGCAAGAAGCACGAGGAGGCCAUCCACGCCGUGGCCUGCCACCCCAGCAAGGCCCUCAUUGCCAGCGCCGGUGCCGACGCCCUGGCCAAGGUGUUCGUAUGAUGUCUCCCAGGCCCUGCCCUGGCUGAGGAGCGGGGCUAGAGGCCAAGGUGAGGGCUCCUGGCCUUCUGUGCUGAUGGGCCAGGAGACGGGCGGUGUUCUCCAGGCCAGUGGCCACCAUCUUCCAGGCCAUCUCCUCAUCUCCCGCAGGUGCCUCCCAGCCUCCUGCCCGGGCCUCGGAGGCCUGCCCCCCCCACCUGCUGUGGAGUCUGGUGGUGCUAAAGGCCUCCCCCUCCAGGAGCCCCCACAUGGCCUGCCUUGGGGUGGGGGAUUCUCUCUCUCUCAGAGCCUAACCCUUGCUUCCCAGCCCAGCCUGAGAGCUGCCUUCAGGGCAGUCCAGCAGGGGCCAGGGUCCUUGGGGCUCUACUUUUCCACACCGCCAGAAGGUGCCAGGUCCCCAGAGCCCCACCCCAUCCUCAGACCUGGGUGGGAGCUGGGCUGAGAGGGCCCCCCUCCCCCGGCUCCUGCCCAGAGCCGGGAGUGCAGGCUUCCUUCCUACCAGCUUCACACCGCCUUCCAGACACUAACCAGCGCUGUCUCCAAGGGCAGCCACUUCCCCCAGGCCUCCCUGUGGGCCACAGCGACAAGGCUGGAGGCCCCUGGGCCAAACCUCCCUGUAAAUCUGUGUAAAGAAGGGGCUCUAGGCCCGGGUUGUUAUCACUGUGUGAUAAUUGGCGUCAGUCUCCUCUCCCACCCCUGCUCGCCUCUAUUUAUUUCCCUCUCUUCAUUUGGGCCCCUGCCCCCAUGGAACCCCCGCCCCAGUUCCUGUUUAUAAGCCCCCCUCCCCUCUCCCCUGGAUUUAUCCGUGAAAACUUGUCUCAAUAAACCCUUUGGAGUAA